CGAGAACUACAAGUACCGGCGGGCCCUGCACCCAGGCGCUUCCGGCUGGUGCGUCCGGUAUCUUUCCCGGCUGCUGGCCGAGGGGGCACGAUGAUGCGAGAGGGUGUUGCCGCCGCUCUCUGGCAGCCGCGGGCGGGGAAUGCUGCCCGAAGAACCUGGAUGCCCCUCUAGAGCAUGAGCUCGGGCAAGAGUGCCCGCUACAACCGCUUCUCUGGGGGACCUGCCAACCUUCCCUGCCCAGACAGCAGCGGGACCAGAAUGGAAACGACCUUUGGGCCUACCUUUUCAGCUGCUAAUACCAUCACCAAAGCAGCUGAUGGAACCAACACAUACAAACAGCACCGCAGGACACCUUCUUCCUCUAGCACCCUUGCCUACUCACCACGGGAUGAGGAGGACAGCAUGCCCCCUAUCAGCACUCCUCGCCGCUCUGACUCAGCCAUCUCUGUCCGCUCCCUGCACUCCGAGUCCAGCAUGUCUCUGCGCUCCACAUUCUCGCUGCCCGAGGAAGAGGAGGAGCCGGAACCACUGGUAUUUGCCGAGCAGCCUUCAGUGAAGCUAUGUUGUCAGCUCUGUUGCAGUGUGUUCAAGGACCCUGUGAUCACCACUUGUGGGCACACGUUCUGUAGAAGAUGUGCCUUGAAGUCAGAGAAGUGUCCUGUAGACAACGCCAAGCUGACAGUAGUGGUGAAUAACAUUGCGGUAGCUGAGCAGAUUGGUGAACUCUUCAUCCAUUGCCGACAUGGCUGCCGUGCAGCAGGUGCUGGGAAGCCUAGUAUCUUCGAGGUAGACCCCCGUGGCUGCCCCUUCACCAUAAAGCUCAGUGCCCGGAAGGACCAUGAGGGAAGCUGUGACUACAGGCCUGUGCGCUGCCCCAACAACCCCAGCUGUCCACCCCUGCUCAAGAUGAACCUAGAGGCCCAUCUGAAGGAGUGCGAGCACAUCAAAUGUCCCCACUCUAAGUACGGGUGUACAUUUAUCGGGAACCAGGACACAUAUGAGACACACUUGGAGACAUGUCGCUUUGAGGGCUUGAAGGAGUUCCUGCAACAGACAGACGACCGUUUCCAUGAGAUGCAUGUAGCACUGGCCCAGAAGGACCAGGAGAUUGCUUUCCUGCGCUCUAUGUUGGGCAAGCUCUCAGAGAAAAUUGACCAGCUGGAGAAGAGCCUCGAACUCAAGUUUGAUGUCCUGGAUGAGAACCAGAGCAAGCUUAGUGAAGACCUCAUGGAGUUCCGGAGGGAUGCGUCCAUGUUGAAUGAUGAGCUGUCUCACAUCAACGCACGCCUGAACAUGGGCAUCCUUGGAUCCUAUGACCCUCAGCAGAUCUUCAAGUGCAAAGGGACCUUUGUGGGCCACCAGGGCCCUGUCUGGUGUCUCUGUGUCUAUUCCAUGGGUGACCUGCUUUUUAGUGGCUCUUCCGACAAGACCAUCAAGGUCUGGGACACAUGUACCACUUACAAGUGCCAGAAGACACUGGAGGGCCACGAUGGCAUUGUGCUGGCACUCUGCAUCCAGGGGUGCAAAUUGUACAGUGGAUCUGCAGACUGCACCAUCAUUGUGUGGGACAUCCAGAACCUGCAGAAGGUGAACACCAUCCGGGCCCAUGACAACCCUGUGUGCACAUUGGUGUCUUCCCACAACAUGCUCUUCAGUGGCUCCCUGAAGGCCAUCAAGGUCUGGGACAUUGUGGGCACUGAGCUGAAAUUGAAGAAGGAGCUCACAGGCCUCAACCAUUGGGUGCGGGCCCUGGUGGCAGCCCAGAGCUAUCUGUACAGUGGCUCCUACCAGACAAUCAAGAUUUGGGACAUCCGGACCCUUGACUGCAUCCAUGUCCUACAGACAUCUGGUGGCAGUGUCUACUCCAUCGCUGUGACGAAUCACCACAUUGUCUGUGGCACCUACGAGAACCUCAUCCAUGUAUGGGACAUUGAGUCCAAAGAGCAGGUGCGGACUCUAACGGGCCAUGUGGGCACAGUGUAUGCCCUGGCAGUCAUUUCAACACCAGACCAGACUAAAGUCUUCAGUGCAUCCUACGACCGGUCCCUUAGGGUCUGGAGUAUGGACAACAUGAUCUGCACACAGACGCUGUUGCGCCACCAGGGCAGUGUGACCGCGUUGGCUGUGUCCCGGGGUCGGCUCUUCUCAGGGGCUGUGGAUAGCACCGUGAAGGUCUGGACAUGCUAACUGAAUCCAGGCUAGGCUUUGGCCCCCCUGGGUGUGGUAGUCAGGCUGGCCCUAUGUGAUAGUCCUGGAGUUCCUGCCUCUCCUGUGGAAACAGACAGGCUCAGGCAGCACUUUCUCUGCCCUAUGCUCAGUGAGCCUCACUGUAUUAGGCCCUGCCCUCACUUCUGCCAGGGGAAUGCCCAGGUCCCUUUUUGGUGCCAGGUACGAUGCUUACCCGGCCCACCCUUCAUCACUCCAGAGGGACUAUGGGCCUUUUUACUCACCUUUUCUACUGAUUUUAGACUGUAUAUAGAUUUUAUUACUUCUCUGUUGAAAUAAAAGCUGCACAGAU